UAUAAGUUGGACAAAAGAAAUCCAGCGUUGAACAUGACGUCGCUUACACGGAAAAAUGGAGAUUAUGAGCAGUUCUACCGUGAGGCAUUGGAGAAUGCAGCGCACUUCAACACACGCCUCGUGGCUGAGAGAAGAAUGCGUCUUCCCUUCUUGGACUCACAGACAGGCGUCGCUCAGAACAAUUGUUUCAUUUGGAUGCAGAAACGCCAUCGAGGGCCAGGCUUAGAGGAGGGUCAGUUAUACACAUACCCAUCACGGCGAUGGCGUAAGAAACGCAAACCCCAGCAUGCACCGCUGGUCGACUCCAGCAACUUGUAUGCUCAACUUCAACAAGGUGAAUCUUCUAAUGAUGGAAUAGACACAAUUCAGGAAAUAUCAGGUUUCACUGAGACUGAUUCCAAUCAUCCAGAGACAUCAACAAACUUGGUGGAUAAAGACCAAGAGGAGUUAUUCAGAGAGAUGGAGGCAGUGGAUGACAUCCCUGAUGCAGGAGAGAUCGAGAGGGCCGACUCAGAAAGCGAUGAAGACUUUGAGGUGUCAUCUCGUAAGAGAAGGGGAAGAGGAAAGGGACGUGGUGGCGGAAGGAAGAAAGCUCCAGCCAUCGACGCAGACAUGCCCAUUCUACAAGCAGAAGAAAAAGAGAAACCCUUCGGCUGUAAAGUGUGCGGCAAACGGUACAAGAAUCGACCGGGUUUGAAUUAUCAUAUGAGUCACUAUCACCAAGAGAUAGAGGCUGUCUCGGACGAACAGUCCCAACCCUCCCCUCUCCAACUGACGGAUCCACACUUUGGAAGUUCUAUGGCUUUAGGGGAAAGUCAGGUUGUCCGCCAUCUUGGAAUGGGAUCAUGUGACUGGAGGGCAAAAGCAACACAAAAUAAAACCAAGAAGAAAAUGAUCAAAGGCAUCGCAGAGCCUAAUAACUAUUGCGACUUCUGUCUGGGUGAUACCUAUAGAAACAAGGAAGGUACUCAGGAGCAGCUGGUAUCCUGCGCUGAUUGUGGACGUUCAGGCCAUCCUUCUUGUCUACAAUUCACGGAGAACAUUACGGCUAAAGUGAAGAGUUACCGCUGGCAAUGUAUUGAAUGCAAGUCAUGUGGCUUGUGUGGUACGUCGGAUAAUGAUGAUCAGCUUUUAUUCUGUGACGACUGUGAUCGUGGUUACCACAUGUAUUGUCUUAAACCACCCAUGUCAGCACCGCCAGAGGGUUCUUGGAUAUGUAACCUGUGUAAAUCACCCCAAGUGUCGCUUCCUCUACCAAUGCCCCUACCAGCUCAUCUACCCCAGCAACAUCUCCCUAUGAUGACCUAAUAAGCUUUGGUCACAGCGCCUCGGAGAUACAUCCAACGGGGCGGGGAAGGCGCAGUUGUAGCAUUAAGACAUUAGGGACCAUUAAAAAACGGUGCGCGUACAGUAUGUGUGUGCAUAUUUGACAUCACAGGACAGUUGUUUGUUCCAAGUAAAAAUGACGUACUUGCAUACGUUGCUUAGGAAUUCCUUUGUAUCGCAACUUUAGACGCCACAAACUUUUUUCUGUUUUAGCAUAUUAUAAGCAGGUUCUUUUUGUACCAUUACUAAUAUUAUCUCUACACUAUACCUGAAAUUUGUAAAAAGUACAGGUUCAUAAGAUAACUAUUUUUGCUGUUAUUUAUCAAAGGAAAUCCAUACGUAAGUCUACCAGUUUGACGCACGUUGCAGAAAACACCGUGCGAGUACGUUGACAUUUUUCACACAGACUAUUGGUGUCAUCUAAGCGCAUCCUGUUUUUACACCAUUUUCUAACGGUCACUCUCGUAGAUCUUUAUAAAUAUACGCAACGUAGAUUUGAUAUACAUGUAGUAAUGUAGCCUGUAGAUAUGAUAGCCUGAAUUAAUGUAUGUAAUCCACCUUAAUGGUAGCAUAUUGGGCUACAGCACCUUGUAAACCAUUACAUGGUGCUAUGUUAAAGGAGUAGGUCUCAUAAUUCAAAUGUAGUCACACAUGUACGUACCUUGCAUGAAAAUAGCACUUCGAGUGUCACCGAGUGUGACAGAUACGCGCGCUGUGUAAGAAGCCACUAUUAUUAUUAAUGUACAUGAUGACGAAUAAUAAAAAUGAUCGUGUUUGUUAACUCUGCAUUUCCUGGCAAAGUUUCUGCUUUCCGUAAUGAGAAUGCCUACAACCUCAAAGUGCUACAUAACAUCAAGUAUAGCUACCUCUUUCAUUCGGUCGCCAUCGCCGAGGUCAAACAAUAGUAACGUGUGGCUGCGCACAACUCUCAGCCAAUGAUAUGUCCUCAAUGACCUCAAUGAGGGCGCUGUUUGGGUCUUGUAAUGUCAUGUGCGAGAGAUCUAUGAGAAAUUUUUUCCCUAUUACAAUGCAUGUAUAUUGAAUGUAAUCUAAAUGUCUCCCGGAUUAUUGAACAAAACCUUCCUGAUUGCAAGCUGCAAAUAUUGGCCGCUCUGUAAAGAAUAGCUUUUUCAGUGAGAAAGGCUCAUGUUAUUUUAAAUUGGCGCAAGUUGUAUAUACUUGUAGUAGAAGCUGUACAAAAUGCAAGAUUGACUCAAUGCACGCUUUGUGUUUGACUAAUUUGGACGCUGGUGGUCUUUUGUAUACAUGUAUAUUUUAUGUUGUAUCAUCUAUAUAUGAUGUCAACCUAACUGUAUUUAAUUUGGUAUAUAACUUAGCACCCUGUUACUUGUACGCUCAAGGUCACAAGUGUUUAUGGCACGAGAGUAAUGAACAUUGAAAGACUGGUGGCUUUGUAUGGUUGAUAACUAAGAACAAAUACCGGUAAUUACGAUCCUUUGCCAUUUGAUUCUUUAACUUUUUUUAUUAUGGAAGAGAAAACCGAGGACUUUACUACUAACAUUAAUUGUUUUAAAACAAAUUCUUCAUGUUGUUAUUAUUAUAUAUAUAUAUUUAAAAAAUGGGGGGGGUGUAGCCUUACAUCUUUGGUAUGGAAGAAACACCGCCCUUCUAGAAACUGUUCCUAAUUGUACAAUAUCAUCCACCGUUAUCGGAAAACUAAAACACUCAAUAAUGAGCCAUCUUCAUACAUUGGGUUUAUAAUUAAAAAUAGCUUUAUUUUUUGUCAAAGCAAAUAUGAAAUGUCUUUAAUGGAUUUAUUACAUUGUACAGUGGUAGUGAUAUAUACUUUAGUUCCUGUUGGUGGUCUAUUAGCAUUGUCAUUACUAGACUUGUGGACAAGUGAUAGCAUUCAAACUCUCUCUGCGAUUCCCUGAGAGCAGUAUUCAAUCAUGGAGACCUGAAAGUAUUAUGCAGCCACCACGACUCGACAAUCAAUGCGAGAAACAUUAACGACUUGUCCACAAGUCUACAUGUAUAUUAUUACUAAUAAUACAUAGUAUUUAUAAAAUGGUGAUUAUUUAAUGGGGGGGGGGGGGCAGUUCAUUGCUUU